AUGGGGGACCCCGGGGGCAGGUCGGACCCCACGCCGGCCACACACCUGGGCAGCGAGCGGGUGCCGGGGGAAGAAGGGGUUAAGCUGAGCCAGCGCCGGCAGAAAUCAGAGGAUUACAGCCGCAGCUCCCUGGGCCCCUUCCCCAAUAGCCUGCCGCGGCUGGUGCCGGUGCUGCCCGUGCCUGCCCAUGGCAUCUCCAUUGCUGCUAAAAUUGGAGAUAUUCCUCACUUGAAUAAUUCUACAACACUUGUGGACCCAUCAGUCUACGGUUAUGGAGUGCAGAAACGGCCACUGGAUGACGGAGGUCUCCGUGUAAGUGGGCUCCAUGGAGCACAGAUAAGAGACACAGAGAGAAUAGGUAACCAGUUAGGGGCCCUGGUACAUCAAAGGGCUGUAAUAACAGAAGAGUUCAAAGUGCCUGAUAAAAUGGUUGGAUUUAUAAUCGGCAGGGGAGGAGAACAGAUCUCACGGAUUCAGGCAGAGUCUGGCUGCAAAAUUCAAAUUGCUCCAGACAGUGGUGGGAUGCCCGAGAGGCCCUGUGUACUCACCGGGACGCCAGAGAGCAUUGAACAAGCAAAACGGCUACUGGGGCAGAUUGUAGAUCGCUGUCGGAACGGACCUGGUUUUCACAACGAUGUUGAUGGCAACAGUACGAUUCAGGAGAUUUUGAUCCCGGCAUCCAAAGUGGGUCUAGUCAUCGGCAAAGGAGGUGAAACAAUAAAACAGUUGCAGGAGCGAACAGGUGUGAAAAUGAUUAUGAUCCAAGAUGGUCCAUUGCCUACUGGAGCAGAUAAACCUCUCCGUAUUACUGGAGAUGCAUUUAAAGUACAGCAAGCAAGGGAAAUGGUACUGGAGAUCAUCCGAGAGAAAGAUCAGGCAGACUUCCGAGGCGUACGCAAUGAUUUCAGUUCUAGAAUGGGAGGAGGCAGCAUAGAGGUCUCUGUGCCCAGGUUUGCUGUUGGAAUUGUGAUAGGAAGAAAUGGAGAAAUGAUCAAAAAGAUUCAGAAUGAUGCUGGAGUUAGGAUUCAAUUUAAACCAGAUGAUGGGAUUAGUUCUGAAAGAGUCGCACAGGUCAUGGGGCUUCAUGAUAGGUGUCAACACGCAGCACACAUCAUCAGUGAGCUCAUUCUCACAGCACAGGAACGAGAUGGCUUUGGAAGCUUGGCUGUUGCCCGAGGAAGAGGUCGUGGCCGUGGGGACUGGAGUGUUGGAACACCUGGGGGCAUGCAGGAAAUAACCUACACGGUGCCAGCCGAUAAGUGUGGUCUUGUUAUAGGCAAAGGUGGUGAGAACAUCAAGAGUAUAAAUCAGCAGUCAGGAGCCCAUGUUGAGCUCCAGAGAAACCCACCUCCGAACACGGACCCUGGUGUACGAAUAUUCACUAUCAGAGGAGUUCCCCAGCAAAUUGAACUCGCUAGACAUCUCAUAGAUGAGAAAGUUGGUGGUACCAGCAUGGGUGGACCUGGAGGAUUUGGUCAAAGUCCGUUCAGCCAAGCACCCGCUACACCUCAUCAAAAUGGUCCUCAGGCGUUCAUGACGCAGGGUUGGGGCAGUACCUACCAGACGUGGCAGCAGCCUGGACAGCAAGUCCCAAGCCAACAGAGCCAGCAGCAGAACAGCCAUCCCGAUUACAGCAAAGCAUGGGAGGAGUAUUUCAAAAAACAGAGUCAUGCUGCCAGUGCUGCUUCUCAGGCAAGUUCCCAACCGGACUACACGAUGGCUUGGGCAGAGUAUUACAGACAGCAGGCCGCCUACUACGGGCAGACACUAGGGCAGGCUCAGGCCCACAGCCAGGUCCGUAUUCGUGUUCCCUGAACCUCACUGCUCAUUCCCUUGGGGAACUGGGUACGUUGGCCUUGCCCUGGUGUGGGGACUCUGCUUUGGGUUCACAUGGUAAAGCAGAGAUAUCUUGUGGCUGAGGAAGCAAUCACAGAACUGUUGUUUCAACAUCAGAGUCUUAUUUCCCU